AGAGUUUGGGCCAUUGGAGGAUUUCCUUAACGUGUUUUCUGAAUUAGAAUUUCUCAUUUCCAACAAGGUAGGUAAUGGAGACCAAAGAAAUUAAAUUAAAUUAUGCUGCCAGCCAUCAGAUGAAGCUGUUAAGCAAUAGUCCUAACAUAAAUGUGAUUAUUUUAAAAAAAGUUAAAAUAGAAUCUCUAUUGCAUGCCCAGCAAGGUUGCCUACUACUAGCUGAUCUAUCUUUUUAAGUAAUAAUAGUGUUGUCCCCAAAGGAAAAAAAAAAUUAAUGUUAAGCUUAGGUUAAAUAAAAUGUGUAUUUGUUUUCCUUUAAUUUCAACACGAGUAUAUAUCGGCAUGUAAAUAAAAGAGUUUUGGUUACUAAACAAUAUGAAAAAUUUAAGCAUAUAUAUUGUGUUACAGUUUUAAUAGAAAAUAAGUAAGCCAUCACUUUGGUAUGAAUAAUUAAAAGUUUGCUAAAUUCAUUUUUAAAAAGGUUUAAAAAAAUAGUGGAAUACGAAAUUUUUGGGGUUGAAGAAAAUUACAAGGAAGGAAGGCUCCGCUAAACGCCUUCUUCAGCAGACACGGCUUUAACAAGUCCCUCAUAUGAUGUCCUUUCAAAUUUUUUCUUCAGCAGACACCGCUUUAACAAGUCCCCUGUAUGAUGGCCUUUCAGAAGUGAAAUAAUGUUUUAAAUAUUACUUAUUUUGUUUUUACAGGCCAAAGUUGACCUCGAAAGUUUUAUUGGUCAGUCCCAUCCAUUUGAUGAACUUGUAGAAAAAUUCAACUAUUAUCAAAACCUUGCCAACCACGUCAUGUGUGAUAUUUCUCGGGUACAUUAAAUCAUUGUAUGUCUGAUAGAUUUAAUGCUCUUUAUAUAAGAGAACACCGCAUUACAUCAUUGUAUGUCUGAUAGAUUUAAUGCUCUUUAUAUCAGAGAACACUACAUUAAACCAUUCCUUGUCUCAUAUUUUUGAGUUGAAACACCUUAUAUAUAAUAGCACUACAUUAAACCAUUGAUGGCUGACAUCUUUGAUACUCCAUAGAUAAGAGAGCACUACAUUAAGCCAUUGUAAGUCUGAUAACUUUGAUACUCCAUAUGUAAGAGAGCACUACAUUAAAUGACUUUGUGUCAUAUACCUUUGAGGAAAAGAUGCACCUGGUGCAGGCCUAAAAGCUUGCCCCGUGGAUUCAUAAAUAAAUGAUAAACGAUACACUUAUGUAAAUGCACGCGUAUAUAUAUAGCAUGGCUCUCAUGGGGGCCCGCAGGUAGUGGCAAGGUGGGGCACUUGUCCCCCCCCCCCCCCCCCGGGGGGGACAAAAAAAAACAAAAAAAAAUUAAAAAAAAAAAAGAAAAAAAAAAAAAAAAAAAAAAAAAAAAAAAAAAAAAAAAAAUACAAAUACAANAUGUUUGAUUACAUCUUUCAACAUAUUCAACCAAUGUUUGAUUACAUCUUUCAACAUAUUCAACCAAUGUUUGAUUACAUCUUUCAACAUAUUCAACCAAUGUUUGAUUACAUCUUUCAACAUAUUCAACCAAUGUUUGAUUACAUCUUUCAACAUAUUCAACCAAUGUUUGAUUACAUCUUUCAACAUAUUCAACCAAUGUUUGAUUACAUCUUUCAACAUAUUCAACCAAUGUUUGAUUACAUCUUUCAACAUAUUCAACCAAUGUUUGAUUACAUCUUUCAACAUAUUCAACCAAUGUUUGAUUACAUCUUUCAACAUAUUCAACCAAUGUUUGAUUACAUCUUUCAACAUAUUCAACCAAUGUUUGAUUACAUCUUUCAACAUAUUCAACCAAUGUUUGAUUACAUCUUUCAACAUAUUCAACCAAUGUUUGAUUACAUCUUUCAACAUAUUCAACCAAUGUUUGAUUACAUCUUUCAACAUAUUCAACCAAUGUUUGAUUACAUCUUUCAACAUAUUCAACCAAUGUUUGAUUACAUCUUUCAACAUAUUCAACCAAUGUUUGAUUACAUCUUUCAACAUAUUCAACCAAUGUUUGAUUACAUCUUUCAACAUAUUCAACCAAUGUUUGAUUACAUCUUUCAACAUAUUCAACCAAUGUUUGAUUACAUCUUUCAACAUAUUCAACCAAUGUUUGAUUACAUCUUUCAACAUAUUCAACCAAUGUUUGAUUACAUCUUUCAACAUAUUCAACCAAUGUUUGAUUACAUCUUUCAACAUAUUCAACCAAUGUUUGAUUACAUCUUUCAACAUAUUCAACCAAUGUUUGAUUACAUCUUUCAACAUAUUCAACCAAUGUUUGACUACAUCUUUCAACAUAUUCAACCAAUGUUUGAUUACAUCUUUCAACAUAUUCAACCAAUGUUUGAUUACAUCUUUCAACAUAUUCAACCUCUUCAUUAUUCUGUGUUUUUGUUUUGUUCAGUCCUCUACUGUGGGGAUGUUUGAAGUGAACAGUGAGAGAAUACUGGACACACUGCAUGAACGGACGCAGUGGAUCUGUGAUGUCUUGGUGGACCAGAUGCUGGAAGACCACCUGGAGGCCAACAAAGCGUAUGUGUUGAUUUAUUCACUGCAGAACCAGUUUGAAUGUCGAUGGAUCGCAGUUGAGCGUUGUGGUCUGCCACCGGUGGCAUGUUGGCAGAACCAGUUGGGUUGUCAUUUAUUGAUUGCAGUUGAGUGUUGUGGUCCGCCACCGGUGGCAUGAUGGUGGUGGUAUGUCAAUGGUUGUAUGUCUGUGGUGGUUUUCAGUGGGGGUAUAUCAGUGUUGGUAUGUCAGAGGCAAACUGUAGUGUAGGUAUGUACUAAAUUUACAUACUUUAAACUUCUGAGAACAAUAGGGACAAAUCAGAGGCAUAACUUACGGUUUGUGCCCCUAAAGGUGGGCCAAGACUUUUGCAGACUUCCUUCCAGGACAAAAACUCUGGAGUUGGCCAGAAAUGAUGCCCCUCAAUAUUUCAGAAACCCUCCACCCCACCCCGGUUUGGAACCCCCCUUCCUUACCCCCUUUCUAAGCCAUGUGACAAAUUUCACUGCUUAAUUAAGUAUAGGGGCUUAAUUAUUUUUCAGUACAAAAAAAUGUUUAGUUCAAGCUAAAAGAACAAGAAAGAUGACAUUAAAUUGCUCAAAAGCACCCCAAAUACAAAACUUUGACCUUUGACCAUUUAAUCAAACAAAACAACAUAGAUAGACAAAAUGUUAGGGAUUUUUUUUGUUCAAGGGUAACAGUCUUUAAUAAAGCUUUCUAUCAAGGGAGGCCAUUCAUACCAUUACCCACCCAAAAAACAGCUCUUACAUAAAUGUUAAAAUGGUCAUAUUUUGACACCAUAGAGUAGAGGUAAGACUAUCUUCUCCUGUUGUACACUUUGGCCAGUUAUCUCCAACAUAGAUAUCCAUUAAAAAAAUUAACUUAUUAAUGGAACAAAUAAAUCACAGUCUAUGAUCAUUACAGCAAAUGUCAGUGGACUCUCCAUUUGUGAAGUGAAUUAUCGUUAGGAAAAAUGUUUGAUAACUCUGUUCUCAACAUCUUUAUUUCUAUUUUUUAAUUGUACUUUGAGGAACUUUUAGAACUUUGUGUGACAUCUUCCACGGAUGAACACUUUUAACCCAUUACAGAUGACCAGUGAGAUCAAUGACAUUCACAAUACUUGCAUCAAAUAUUUCUUAUUUUUGGGAUGGGGAUGACAUGCUGUCCGGUUAACCUUUUAAAAUGACGAAAAACUCAAACACAUUGACAGGUAACAUAUUGUCAUAUUUCGCUGUUUAAUAUUUUGUUUUAGGAUCUGUGUUCGUUACAAAGAAAUGAGUCAUACGGCACUUACCAUACCUACCAACACAAACGAGUACAUGGCGCUGGAAGCCUUCAUGAAAAAAGUCAAACAUGAAAUGCUGGCAGAGUUCAAUAAAGAGCUCCUUCAAUGCAAUAAAAGGUAGCUGUUUUAUAGUGUGCCCCAGAGUAUCAAUGAACAGCUUAGUGUAUUAAUUGUAGUGCCAACAUUAGGUGUUGAGAUAUUUAAACAAAAAUUGUUACAGCUAUAACUUGAGCUAAUAUUUACUGCCAAUAAUGUUCUCCUUACAAAAACUUAUGAUGUCGUCAGUCUACUGCAACUGUUGUAUUUGUCAAAAUGUUGUAAUGUUAACCCUCCUCAGACUGGUAUUUUUGUCAGACUACUGUACCUUUGCUCCAACAACUAUACGUUUGAACUCUGAACCCUUCCAGUGGCACCAGAAAGUGGAGUCUAUUCUAGAGGAGAACGCACUGAUCAUGGCGGAGAAACUCAAAGAACU